AUGGACACUAUUAGAUACAGCACAUAGGGCAGUGGGAAUGAAGAGGUCCCUGGGUGCUUGGAACUCUGCAGAAAAUGACUUUUGUUCCUGAUCCUGGCUCUCCUGGUGGUCAUUGUUCUGUGGGCUCUUAUUCUGAGCAUUCUCUUUUCCAAAGCCUCCAUGGAGUGUGGGGCACUGCUUGGCUACCAGGACCUGCUGAAGACCAAUGCCUCAGAGCAGAAUGCAAUGCUGGGUGCCUUGAAAAAGGAAGUGGGAACCUGCAAGGACUGCUGCUCAGGAAUAAAAGUGCAGCUGCAAAAGACUGUCACUGAGUUUCAGGAAAUGCAGGCAAAGCUGAUGAAGCAAGAGAGGUCCCUUGUAUCACUGCAGGAGCAUGUGACCCAGGGUUUGGCUGAAGCAGGCAGGGACCGGGAAGAUGUCUGCAGUGAAUUAUUCCAGAUGCUGGAGGCAGUCAAGCACCAGAAUGGCACCUGUGAGCAGUGUCCCACGUCAUGGUUACCCUUCCAGGGCUCUUGCUACUAUUUUUCUGAACCACAAACCACAUGGGAGGCAGCACAGCACCACUGUGCAGGAUACAGUGCCCACUUGGUGAUUGUCACAGACUUGGAUGAGUAGGGAUUCCUGAGUCAGCAUACAUGUGGUAGAGGCUAUUGGCUUGGCCUGAGGGGUGUUUGCCACUUCCACAAGGUUCAAGGACACCAGUGGGUGGAUGCAGUCUCACUCGCCUUCAGGUGA